ACCUCACUUCCUGUUUUUAAAAAUGGCGGACAGCAACAUUGGAGGCGGUGAGAGCAGUGUGUUUCGGCGACCGUCAGCCUGAUUAUCUGGAGCUGCUGGGACCUGAAACGACUUCUGAUGCAGCGAUAACAACCACAUCGCUUUGUGGGAGGCGUUCAAAAGUUUAACCAUGAGUAGCCGAAGAAAGAGGGCCCCUCCUGUGAAGGUGGACGAAGACGCCAAGAAGAGGUUAAACUGGAACAUGCUAGAUGACCGCAAGAACGAGGAAAUCCAGCUCGGUGAGCAGACACCGACCUGCUCCAUUUUUCCUGUCGACCCUCCUCCCAGCAACUCCUUUCUCUCAACCGCCGAGGGUGUCCCGGAGGCUGCCUGCAGCAGCUCUGUCUGUUUCCCAGAGGAGCCUCCAGGUACGUCCGCUGACAGCGGCUCGGCCUCCGCCUCCCUGGCCCUAAGUGUGGUGCCGGCUUUGAAGCUGGGCCACAGCUGGAAGGCGCUGAUCGGGGAGUUCAGCGUCCGGCCAGCUUGGAUCCCAUCUGACUGUGAACUGAGAGCUUUGGUGCUCCACAGGAUGGGUGAGCAGCUUCACCUCAGCUACGGCGGCUGUGAUGAGAGCUCAGGGCUGCAGUGGAGUGCUGAGGAGGACGUCUGCACAGCGGAGUGCAGCCUCAGUGGGAUCCUGCUGGAGGACCUCGACUGGAUGCAGAAGAGGAAGGUGGUGCAGCUCUGCCACCAGGCCAAAGAGAGCUCCGUCAAGGUGGGGAUUUACUUGCUGGAAACUGGGCUCGGGAAGCCCGAGUACCUCAGCGAGGGAAACGCUCGGAUGAAGAAAGCAAAUCAAUUAAUGCAGAAGUUGAUGGAGUAUUUCUACGAUUUCAUUAUCCCCGAAGUUGUAGAGAAUGAGAAUGAGGAGGAGGAAUGUGACACUGACCUGGAGAGGCAAAAUGUGGAGGAGCUCUAUGAUUUCGUCAGACAUCUGCACCAGAGAGAGAGCCAGGAGGUGACGUAUGACGUUCAGGACAACGCUCUUAUUCCUGUUCUCAGACCCUAUCAGAGCCAGGCUGUCAACUGGAUGCUGAAGAGAGAGAAAUACAGGAACACUACACCUAAAGAACAAAUUCUGCAUUUCCUCUGGCGGGAGGUGAUCACUUUAUGCGGAAAGAAGUUGUUCUACAACCCCUUUACCGGCUGCUUAUUACGAGAAUUUCCCCUGGCAGGUGUAGAGUGGCCUGGUGGGAUCUUGGCUGAUGAAAUGGGGCUGGGAAAGACAGUGGAAGUUCUGGCUCUCAUCCUGUUUCACCACCGACAGGACCUGGAGCAGGAGGCCCUCACCCUGCCUGUGGGGAAAUCCGUGAAUUAUUUCGUACCUCCUCCUCCCCUAGAGAAAAAGGUUAUCCGCUGCAAGUCUGAAGUUCAGCCUAAAAUGAAAGUAUCUUACCCAACUGUGCGUGUCAUGCUCCUCACUGCAAUCAAGGCAAUGAGAUCUGGCAAAGGAGCCUCCGUCAACGCUGUCUUCACCUACAUCCGUGCCACUUACGGUUAUGACCUCCUAAAAAACCGCAACCACAUCAAGAAGAUGCUGGUGAAGCUGAUCGACGAAGGCCUGGUCGACCGGGUCAAAGGCCGAGGCUUGGCGGGGUCAUUUAAACUGGGAAAGAACUACAAAGAGACAAAAAAGACCUUAACGGGAGCAUCCAAGUCUAACUCCAGAAGCGCAGAGAGCGCGCCCAGGCAAAUUUUUCAGAGACGAGCAAAAGAGAAGGCAGAAGCAGCGCUUCAGAACUCUCUUCUUACAGAUGAUCUGAGAGAUCAGUACUCCCCUGCGUCGGACUGUCUAGAACCAGAGACAGCAACGAAGAAGGAAUGGGAUGAAAGUCUGAAGAAGAAAGCCGAAGACAUGCUGGAUCAGUCCAGGACAGCCUUACAGAGGACUCAGGAUAAAAGCGAGUCAGAAACACAGGACGUUCCCAGGAAUGAUGAACUACCUGAAGAAAGAGGAGAAUCUCUUCCGCUUGAAUCAGCAGAGACGGAAACCCCCACCAGAGCGUCUGUUGUCCCUUUCAACACACCGGACUACCGCUUUGAGUGCAUCUGUGGUGAACUGGGCAUUGUUGACUACAAGGCUCGUGUCCAGUGUAUGAACUGCCAGCUGUGGCAGCAUGCAGACUGUGUAAACUACAAAGAAGAAAGCCUUGAGACUACACCUUUCUACUGCCCCCACUGCCUGGUCGCCAUGAAGCCCGUCUCCACCGGUGCCACCCUCAUCAUCUCCCCGAGUUCCAUCUGCCACCAGUGGGUGGAGGAGAUUAACCGGCACAUCAGGUCCUCCUCGCUGCGAGUGCUGGUUUAUCAGGGUGUGAAGAAGCAUGGAUUCAUCCAGCCACACAUGCUCGCUGAGCAGGAUGUGGUCAUCACCACCUACGACGUGCUGCGGUCAGAGCUCAACUACGUGGACAUUCCCCACAGCAACAGCAAGGAUGGACGCCGCUUCCGCAACCAGAAGCGCUACAUGGCCAUUCCCAGUCCUCUGGUUGCUGUGGAGUGGUGGCGCAUCUGUCUGGACGAGGCUCAGAUGGUUGAAUGUCCCACUGCCAAGGCUGCAGAGAUGGCUCUACGUCUCGCAUCUGUCAACCGCUGGUGUGUCAGUGGCACUCCAGUCCAGAGAGGCUUAGAAGAUCUGUACGGCCUUGUACUUUUUCUGGGAGUUGACCCGUACUGGGUAAAACACUGGUGGGACCAGCUGCUUUAUCGCCCUUAUCGCCGUGGAAACACAGAGCCGCUGUACAAUGUAAUUGCUCAAUUGUUAUGGCGAUCAGCUAAAAAAGACGUCAUUGAUCAGAUCCAGAUCCCGCCUCAGACAGAGGAGGUGCACUGGCUGCACUUUUCCCCCGUCGAGGGACACUUCUACCACCGUCAGCACGAGGUCUGCUCCCAGGACGCUCUGGCCAAACUCAGGAAGAUAUCUGACUGGAGCCUGAAACUUGGCAGCCUCGACCGCCGCACCGUCCACACCAUCCUGGGCCCGCUGCUGAGGCUGCGUCAGGCCUGCUGCCAUCCACAGGCUGUGAGGGGGGAGUUCCUGCCCCUGCAGAAAAGCACCAUGACGAUGGAGGAGCUCCUUAAGUCCCUGCAGAAGAAAUGUCGAGUGGAGUGUGAAGAAGCUCACAGACAAUUGGUGUGCGCUCUCAAUGGCCUGGCUGGAAUACACAUCAUCAGAGAUGAGUUUGUAGAGGCAACAGAGAUGUAUAGAGAAGUGCUUCGUUCAUCAGAAGAGCACAAAGGCAGGCUGAAAACAGAUUCAUUACAGCGACUUCAUGCUACCCACAAUUUGAUGGAACUGCUCAGCGCAAAGCACCCUGGGAUACCUCCCACGUUAAGAGAUGACAGACUAAGUGAGGAGGCGGAGCAGCUGCGGCAGCACUACAUGACCAAAUACGACUCUGAGGUAGCAGACGCCCAUCAGGCUUUGCAGCCGGUGCUACAGAAUAUCAAAGAGCUCAAACGCAAAGUGAAGCUGAAUAAUCCCUGGUGGCUGGAUGUUAUCCAGAAGGCGAUCCGCUGCUCCACUGACGACGACCUGGUGUCCCGCAUUAAAAAUGAGCUGACGUCCAGCUACAAACAACAAGCCAACAAGCUCACCAUGGCAGAAAAGUUCCGUGAUGCCUGUGGUCUGCAGUUCCUACUCACCACACAAAUGCAAGAUCUGAUGAAAUCCCAAAAGACUGUGCAGGACGCGGUGAAGAGUCUCGAAGGUCCGGCUUCAAAGAAAGUGAUUGAUGAGGUCACCAUUUGUCACCUCAGGCCUAUGAGACUGCCACUCAAUAAUUGUGUUUUUUGCAAAGCGGAUGUACUUUUCAUCGAUUAUGAGUCCAAGCUGUUUUCUCACACGGUGAAGGGUCAGACGGCCAUCUUUGAAGAAAUGAUUGAAGAUGAAGAGGGGCUGAUGGACGACCGUCUCCCCACCACCAGCCGAGGUCUGUGGGCAGCCAGCGAGACUGAGCGCUCGCUCAAAGCCAUCUUGUCUUUUGCCAAAGUUAAACGCAUGGACCCGGAGUUGGUGGAGGAGGGUAACACUUUCAUGGAGCUGUUUGAGUUCUGGAAGAAAGAGUACAAGGCUAGGGAGGCGACCCUCUUCCCCGGGGUAACUCCAACGCAGCGGCGCUCAGCCGGGGCUUGUGGUAUCCCCACCCCCCCGGCGCCUCACACCAUGGGCAACUCCGUAUAUCUCACUUUAUUUGUUUUUUUACAGUUUGAUUUUAUGACUGUCUCUCUUUUCCAGUGGGCAGUGCUGACUUGUGGCCACUGCUUCUGCAAUGAGUGCAUUGCUAUCAUUGUGGAACAGUACAGCGUGGGCUCGAGGCGGCGUUCCAUCAAAUGUGCCAUCUGCAGGCAGACUACGUCCCUCACAGAGAUCUCCUACGUGUUCACCACCCAGGCGUCCAGCCAGGACCAGGACAUACCGGUCAAAGGAAGCCACUCUACCAAAGUGGAGGCAGUAGUGAGAACACUUAAGAAGAUUCAAGUGACCGACCCCGGGGCCAAGUGUCUUGUUUUCUCCACGUGGCUGAGUGUCCUGGACAUCAUCGCCAAGGCCUUGUUCGACAACAACAUGGAGUUCUCUCAAAUCAAUGGGAUUCACAAAUUCCAGGAGAAUCUGUGCUCCUUCAAAUACGAAGAAAAGAUCAACAUCCUUCUCCUUCCUCUCCACACCGGCUCCAAUGGUCUGAACAUUAUCGAAGCGACUCAUGUGUUGCUGGUGGAGCCGAUCCUCAACCCAGCUCACGAGCUCCAGGCCAUAGGCAGAGUGCACCGGAUUGGCCAAACCAAGCCAACGUUUGUCCACAGAUUCCUCAUCAAAUCCACCAUUGAAGAGAGAAUGCAGGCAAUGCUGAAGACAGCAGAGAAAAAUCACACCAGCACUACCAUGAAGCACUCGGAGGCUGCCGUACUGACAGUAGCCGACCUGGCUGAUCUGUUUACUGAAGACACAGAACAUCUGGAGUGAAUCUGAACAUCUGGAUACACAACGACCUGCUGAACAAACACAGGCAAAUAGAGCUCACUCUUUACAUAGUGGUGAUAGAAGUACUCUAAAUUUUGCACAACUUUUUUAUAUACUAUAAACAUUCUAAUGUUAUCAAAUACAUUCCCAAAAUGAUAUUUUAUCAGAUCACUGACAGCAGACUACAACAUGUCUCUUAAUUGUAUUUGCAUUUUACAUUUUUCAAUCUCUUUGGAGUAUUUGUGUAUUUGGCUCAAUUGUUGUCAUAGUUGUAACUUGUACAAGGACAGACUGCACAGUAUUGUUGCUUGUGUUAAUCUAAUAUUAGUAUAUGCAUUUAUAUACAACUUUACUGUAAGUUAAGUUGAACAUGGGGGGGAUUCAGAUGAUCAUUCAUAUGAUAUCACACUAGUGAUUGAGGUAAUAUCACAACUUUCAGGAAAUAAAAUGUACGUUGGUGUCCGUGCGUCAACCGGUUAUGACCAGCU